GCGGGGAAGAUGGCGGAUGACAAGGAUUCUCUGCCCAAGCUUAAGGACCUGGCAUUUCUCAAGAACCAGCUGGAGCACCUGCACCGGCGUGUAGAAGAUGAAGUCAACACUGGCGUGGGACAGGAUGGCUCGCUGUUGUCCUCUCCAUUCCUCAAGGGAUUCCUGGCUGGCUAUGUGGUGGCCAAACUGAGGGCAUCAGCAGUGUUGGGCUUUGCUGUGGGCACCUGCACUGGCAUCUACGCAGCUCAGGCAUACGCUGUGCCCAACGUGGAGAAGACAUUGAGGGACUAUUUGCGAUCACUGCGCAAGGGGCCCGACUAGGUGUGGAUGCCAUGGGGGAGGCAGGAUGAGCAGCUGGGGCCUGCAGGUGGAGGUCUUUCUACCACAGACAUUCUGUCUGGCUUCCCCAGCUAUCAUCCAUUUGCUGUCUCCAGCUUUUCUUGCCACAUUCAUCCUUGCUUCCUUUCCUGCAGAGUGUGGACAGUGGCUUGUCAUCCUGCACUCUGGACUCCUUCCCUCCCUAACUCCAUGGGACUGGUCCCAAGACUGUGGUUUCAGGGGCCACCAGCCCUCCUCUUCAAGGCCUGACUGUGGAGUUUGCAGCUGACUCUGAUUCUUAGUAUUCUCUCUGGCAAUGUACACUGCUCCUCCCUCCUGGGAGCCGGCCCCAUAACUUGAUUUCCCCCAAAGGUGUCAUAAUCCCCACUGCCCCUUGCUAACUACACAGGCCACCUAGGGUCUGGUGUGGGCAUGAGUGUAGAGGACGGGGGUAUACCAGGCCUGGGCCGUCCCAGGCAGGCCCGUUGGACCCUGAUGCUACUCCUGUCCACUGCCAUGUAUGGUGCCCACGCCCCAUUGCUGGCGCUGUGCCAUGUGGAUGGCCAAGUGCCCUUCCGCCCCUCCUCAGCCGUGCUGCUGACUGAGCUGACCAAGCUACUGUUGUGCGCCUUCUGCCUCCUGGUGGGCUGGCAAGCAUGGCCCCAGGGGGCCCCACCCUGGCGCCAGGCUGCUCCCUUUGCACUAUCAGCCCUGCUCUAUGGCGCUAACAACAACCUGGUGAUCUAUCUUCAGCGUUACAUGGACCCCAGCACCUACCAGGUACUGAGCAAUCUCAAGAUUGGAAGCACGGCGCUGUUCUACUGCCUCUGCCUCCGGCACCGCCUCUCUGCACGCCAAGGGUUAGCACUGCUGCUGCUGAUGGCUGCAGGGGCCUGCUAUGCAGCAGGUGGCCUUCAAGACCCCCGGAACACCCUUUCUGGGCCCUUUCCAGCUGCUGAUGCCAGCCCCAUGCCCCUGCAUAUCACUCCGCUGGGACUGCUGCUGCUCAUCCUGUACUGCCUCAUCUCAGGUUUGUCAUCUGUGUACACAGAACUGCUCAUGAAGCGACAGCGGCUGCCCCUGGCACUUCAGAACCUCUUCCUCUACACUUUUGGUGUGCUUCUGAACCUAGGUCUGCAUGCUGGUGGUGGCCCUGGCCCAGGCCUCCUGGAGGGUUUCUCAGGAUGGGCAGCACUCGUAGUGCUGAGCCAGGCACUAAAUGGACUGCUCAUGUCAGCUGUCAUGAAGCACGGCAGCAGCAUCACACGCCUCUUUGUUGUGUCCUGCUCACUGGUGGUCAAUGCUGUGCUCUCAGCAGCCCUGCUGCGGCUGCAGCUCACAGGCGCCUUCUUCCUGGCCACGCUGCUCAUUGGCCUGGCUGUGCGCCUGUACUAUGGCAGCCGCUAGCCCCUGACCCUGUGGAUUGGGUGCCAUCAUCAGAAUCCCCUCCCAGGCCUCCCUUCCCCUCCCCUCAGCAGCCCUGUAACAAGUGCCUUUUGAGGAAAGCUGGGGAAGUGAGAGCAGCCAGGUUAGUCUCUGGAGGUGGGUGGGAUGGGAUGUGAAGAGUGGAUUUGGUUAUGGAAACUCUUAACCACCCCACCCCACCCUACCAAGUUCUUUCAGGCUAAGGAAUUGGGGUAGCAUCAAUACCUAGGCCUGAUAAAUGACCCCAUCCCUGGUGGGGCUGGACUCCCUGCUUCGUCCUGCAUGAACACAGUUGCUCAAAGUGGGGUGUGGGCAGCAGGUGGCUUUCCUUACCUAGUCACCCCAGCAGACCCACUGCCCCCAUGCCUGAUGCUGGGUGCUUCAGCCCAGCUGUGGUACAUGAUUCCCUCAUAAGGAAUGCUCAGUCCCUCCACUGUCAUGCAGGAAAGCCCAAUAAAUUGCCACAGAUUAUACAACCGUCACCCAGACCAUUCUGCCGGUCUCCCCAGUUCCAGCAAUGCCUGGAGACAUACCCCUUCCCCCAUCCACAGUGCUGCUUCCCAUACCCAGCCUUUGUUCUGGAAACCCCAAAGAUAGCUGGGGUUUGACUCAUCUCAGGGAAUGUUGCCCCUGGGCCCUGGCUUAAGCCUACACUCCUGACCUUUCUGCUCAUCCCAAAGGCCCUCGUGAAGCCCGCUGCCCACUCUAAGGCUCCUAGGAGGUGCCAUCCUUCCCACUCUGGGUCCUGCCUCUGCCUGGCAGUCUCCCAGUUCCCCAUAGCCUGAGGAAGCUCUACAAGAGUGACUUGGGACUGGUACAGGAAACUUCUGUAGCUCAAUCAGUGUCUCUAACUGCAUAAGCAAUAAGGUCUUAAUAAAGUGUUCUAGAGUGUAGGUUGGUUCCUACAACCACAGCCAUGA